AUGUCUCGACUUAGCAUAAUUGGUGAUAUAACAAAUGGCACACGACAACUUAGACUUCGAAAAGAUUUGUUUCCAUUACUAGAUGCCACCGAAAUCACUGUUUGUUUAGAAGAAUGUGGAUUUCAAGUUACACAAGAAUUAAUCAUUAAACCAACACCUGAUUUCGUUACCAAAUUAUAUGAAGAAUUCAUAGAUACUUUUAUGGGAAUUGGAUUUGGAGUUAUUAGAGAAAAAGCUAGGAAAAUGUCACAAUUUAAUCAAUUAGAAGAAAAUGGAUCAUUUAAUGGGAAUAGUGAAGAUCAAGAACAACAACAACAAGAUCAAGAAAAUGGGAAUUUAAAUUUAGAAAAUGACGAUAAAACUGGAUAUAUAUAUUCCACAUUACCUACAACUUUACUUCUUAGAUAUUUAACAAGGUUUUUAUAUGCCUGUGGAAUUAAUGAUUUUACAUUAAUGGAUUUAGGUAAACCUGAUGGAUUUCGAACAAGAAGAAUUUUAAGUGCAGUUAUUAAUUUUAUUAGAUUUAGAGAAGAUCAAUCAGCUGGAAUGGAAGAAUUGGCUAAAGAAGCAGAAGAAAAUGCAGAAAAUGUCAAUUUAAUUCAAGAAGAAAAUGUCAAUAUAUUGAAAAAAAUUAAUGAAAAUAAAGAAAAAUUAGAAAUUGAUUAUGAAACUGGUGAUAAACGAGCUAAUUUACAAUAUGUUAAUUCAUAUAAUCGUAAAUUAGAAAAUAAAUUAAGAGAAUUGAAAACAGUUCAAGAGAAAUUAACUAAAGAACAUGAUGAUUAUAAACAGGAGAAAACCAAUUUAGCUCAAAAAUUAUAUGAUUUGAAUUAUUUAUAUAAUGAAACUCAAGAAUCUGUUGAAAAUUUAACCAAAUAUUCUGAUGCUGAUUUAUCCGUAUUAGAAAAGAUUAUUCAAGAUUUGAAUAGUGAUUUAGUAAACAUGCAAACAACUUUGAAAAAUUUAGAAAAAGGACAUCAAAAUAUGGGAAUCACAAUUGAUUCAAUACAAGUGAAUGAAAUUUCAUUAAAAGAUUUAUUGAAAUUAGCUGAAGAUGUUAUUAGAAACAUUGAAAAAGAACUGAUUGAAUUAAAAAUAUUAAGAGACAAUCAAGAGACAUUAGAUGAAUUAACUAGAAAACAAAUGGAAUUAGCAGGACAAAUCCUAAUUGUACAAAAUCAACUUAAUAAACUGAAUAAAAAAUAUCAAGAUUUAAUAAAUCAAGCAGAUAAAAAGGAAUCAGCUAUUAAAUUAAGAUUAGAAGAAGCUAAAUUGGAAUAUGAUAAAAUACUUGGUGAAAAGGAAAAACAUAAUGAUGAUCAUAAACGUAUAAUGGAUCAAAUAUUAAAAGUUCAACAAGAAAUCACUGAAUUAGAAGACAAUUUCUCUAAAGAAACAACAGAAUUAGAAUUAAAGUUGGGUAAUUUAAGAAACAUUGUUAAGAGAUAUAUGACAGAAUUAAACAAAAAUAUCAAAUAG